AUGCCCAGCACCCACCACCUGGUGAGUCUAUGCAAGGUGCUUGUAGAGGACAUGCUGGGCCAGGUAGGUGCCCAGAUUGUCCUUACGUUGCUACAGGUUGGCCGGCUGUCCGCUAAAGAGCUGACCAAGGCGACAAAUUUCCCCUACUCGGCCGUCAAACGGGCGCUUGUGUCCUUGGUCCAUAUGCGUUUGGUGCUUUAUUGGGAAGAUCCAAACCAAUGGGGGCCCGUAUAUUACCGCGCCGAUACGACGAAUAUUUACCAUUUAAUUUGGGCCGGUCAGGUAUCGGCUCAACUCAAGGAACAGACCCAAAAGGACGAGCUUGGUCCGGUGCUGCUCGACUUUAUCACUAAUGGUCAUUUCAGCAUAGAGGGCUACAUUAAGAAGAAUCCUGAAGCCCGAGAAAAACUGGAACAGCUUCUGCAAACAGGGUACCUAGUGCCUCUGCACGAAUUUGAAUUCUGGCCCGAGGAAGAUAUUAAGCAACAAAGCAUCACCAAGCACUUCCGGGAGGUUAACAAAGAUCCGACCACUCUUUCUCUGACCGACAAUGCGAAAAAGCAAAUGGUCGAUGCGGCUGUAAAACGUGAUCUGGAUAACAUGGAGGCUACCCGCCAAGCCGGGUCAAAGGGUCUAGUCACUGCGGCCUCUCAUGAUCAAAAAUUGGUUCUUGCCGUAAACUACGAACGUUUUCUGUUGACAGAACGCCGCAAAGAGCUUGUACAACUCGUUGAUGAUCGCAUUGGCUCGAUUACUGCCCAGGUAUAUGACGCUGUCCUCGAGUGCUUUGAACAUGGUCGAAGUCUUUUCCAGCGAGACAAAGAACGCGUGCCGAUGCCUGGUAAUAUAGUCAACAGCUCUGAGAUUUUGCUAAAGCUGCAGAGCAGAAAAGAGCCUGUGAAGCUUGAAAGCGCUUUUAUUGCCGAAACACAAAACGAUGAGGUCAAAACCGAGCCGGAUGCGGCUGCUCGGGGCCAUAAACGCAUGAAAUCUAAGAUCGGAAGCAUUUCCGUAACUCCAGCGGCGGCAUUGACUCCCUUGGAACUCGUCAAUCGGCAUUUAAGACUGCUGGAAAAGGCUGGAUUUGCGUUCUUGCGUCGGGUCGGUGACUUGCAUGGCGGUGAGUGGUUCGUGCCCAUGAGCGACCUGCUCGCUGAUUUGCGCCGCCAUACCUUUGAUGAAAUCGUGUCUGAGCUGCUGGGUGCUUCGGCCGCUCGUAUUCUCCGGGUAGUUCGUGAAUACUCCAAAAUCGACGAGAAGGCGCUGUCCCAAACUAGCCUGCUCCAAUCUAAUGGCCUACGCAUUCACACCAAUAAUCUAGAAUACUUUGGGUUCAUUGAUUUACAAGAAGUGCCUCGGUCUAAUGAUCGUGCUCCCGGUCGCAACAUCUAUCUCUGGUUCCAUCGCCCAAAGUGGGCGUAUUCCCGCUUGGUGGAGCAAAUCUAUGGCGCGAUUGCAAAAACUUAUGACGAUAUUUUCGCUCUCCGCGCCAAGCACAAGACCCUGCUUGCGAAACUAACUCGUGUUGAUGUGGCCGGCCACGAAGACGAGCUCCUUACCGCCCAAGAAAAAGUCGAAUUGGCCGAAUACACUAGCCAAGAACAACAGCUCUGGGUGAAGCAAGAAAAGCUAGAUCGCCACGUGCGAAUCUUCUGUUACUACUAA